AUGGCGUCGGUGGAUGCUCUUCAGCUGUCUCGAUGGUGGAAGCGGCUCCUGGGAGAACCGAUGCAGGAGGAGCAGCUCUACCAGUGCUCCCAGUGUGGGAAAAGAUUUAGCAAGCACACCAAUCUGGUGAGACACAAGAGGACGCACACUGGGGAGAAACGCUUUGAAUGUCCCGUUUGUGGGAAAAGUUUCAGGCAGAAUUCCCACCUGGUGAGACACCAGAGGACUCACACGGGAGAUAAACCAUAUCAAUGUUUGGAUUGUGGAAAAAGUUUCAGUCAGAAUUGCCAUCUCGAUAUACACAGGAGGACUCACACGGGAGAUAAACCAUACCAAUGUUUGGAUUGUGGGAAAAGUUUCAGUCAGAGUUCCCAUCUUGUUAUACACAAGAGGACUCACACUGGGGAGAAACUCUUUGAAUGUCCGUUUUGUGGGAAAACUCUCAGUCAGAAUUCCGGCCUGGUAAAGCACCAGAGGACUCACACAGGAGAGAAAUCAUAUAAAUGUCUGUAUUGUGGGAAAAGUUUCAGUCAUAAUUCCAACCUGGUGAUACACCAGGGGACUCAAAUGGGAGAGAAAUCAUAUAAGUGUCUGGAUUGUGGGAAAAGUUUCACUGGGAAUUCAAAACUGGUGAGACACCAGAAAACUCACACAGGAGAGAAACCAUAUGAGUGUCUGCAUUGUGGAAAAAGAUUCAGUCAGAAUUCCAACCUGGUGGUACAUGAGAGAACUCACACAGGAGAAAAACCUUUCAAGUGUCUGGAUUGUGGGGAAAGUUUCAGUCAAAAUUCCUACCUGGUGGGACACCAGAGGAUGCACACAGGAGAAAACCCAUAUGAAUGUCUAGAUUGUGGAAAAAGUUUCAUUCGGAAUUCCUACCUGAGAACUCACACAGGAGAAAAACCUUUCAAGUGUCUGGAUUGUGGGGAAAGUUUCAGUCAAAAUUCCUACCUGGUGGGACACCAGAGGAUGCACACAGGAGAAAACCCAUAUGAAUGUCUAGAUUGUGGAAAAAGUUUCAUUCGGAAUUCCUACCUGGUUAGACACCAGGGGACUCACACGGGAGAGAAACCAUAUGAAUGUCUGUAUUGUGGGAAAAGUUUCAGGCUUAAUUCCUACCUGUUUAGACACCAGAAAACUCACACAGGAGAGAAACCUUAUGAGUGCCCAGAUUGUGGAAAGGAUUUCUCUUGGAAAUGUGAUAUGGUAAAACAUCAGUCUACUCACAUAGAGAAAUCAUAUAAAUGUUAUGAUUGUGGGAAAUGUUUCAGUCAGAAUUCCUACCUGGUGAUACACCAGAGGAUUCACACAGAAGAAAAAACAUAUAAGUGUGUAGAUUGUGGGAAAAAUUUCAGAUGGAAUUCUCAGCUGGUGAUACACCAGAGGACUCACACAGGAGAGAAGCCGUAUGAGUGUCCGGAUUGUGGGAAAGAUUUCAGUAGUAGGUCUAGCCUUAUAAAUCAUGUAAGGUUACACACAGGAGAGAAACCAUUCAAAUGCCCAGAUUGCGGAAAAUGUUUCACACGUUAUUCUACCCUUUCCACACACAAGAAAUUACACAGGCAAAAUUUGAUGUAUGUAGAGAAAUCUUGA